AUGAGUUCAUUCACCAUAACAUUUGUCUCUAAGGUUGUGACUUCUUACUUUUCACCAAUAUGUUGGAUAUGUAUACUUGAAACGGUUGAUCAGUUUUUGAAAGGGGUUUGGAAGUCACCAAGGAGUAAGCUGCACAGAAGAGGAGUUUGCAGAAACCAUGGGAGACAGCAUCCUGAUACUGAAAUGAAUGAAAAUGAGGCUAUCAAAGAUGAAAAUGUUACGCGUUUGCUUGACAAAAUAGAUUUGUUUAUUGCUAAUAAUCCAGUGGGAGUUGAAUCUCGUAUGCUAGAUAUGAUUCAAUUGCUAGACAAAGAUAUUGAACAAUCAAAUGAUGUUAUACUUCUAGGGAUGUGGGGUAUGGGAGGCGUUGGUAAAACAACCAUUGCGAAAGCCAUUUACAAUAAAAUUGGCCGCGAUUUUGAAGGUAGGAGCUUCCUUGCAAAUAUUAGGGAAGUUUGGGAGCGAAAUUUUGGUCAAGUGGAAUUACAAGAACAACUUCUGUUUGAUAUCAACAAAGAAAUGACAACUAAGAUACAAAACAUUGAGUCAGGAAAAAAUAUUUUAAAGGAUAGACUCUGGCAUAAAAGAGUAUUAAUUGUACUUGAUGAUGUAAAUACUCUGGAACAAAUGAAUGCUUUGUGUGGAAGUAGUAAAUGGUUUGGUUCAGGGAGUCGAAUAAUCAUUACUACCAGAGACAAGCAUAUACUUAGUAGGAAUAGAGUUAGCCAGGUAUUCAAAAUGAAACACUUGGAUGAAAAUGAGUCAAUUGAGUUAUUUAGUUGGCAUGCAUUCAAGAAUGCGACUCCCACAAAAGAUUUUGCUGAAAUUUCUAGAGACGUAGUUGAGUAUUCUGGGGGAUUGCCUCUAGCUCUAGAAGUCCUUGGGUCAUAUUUGCUAGAUAGGAGUGUAAUCGAGUGGCAAUGUGUAUUGGAGAAACUCAGAAGAAUUCCUAAUAAUCAAGUACAAAAGAAGCUAAAAAUAAGCUAUGAUGCUUUAAAUGAAGAUAUUGAGAAAGAAAUAUUCCUUAACAUAGCUUGUUUUUUUAUUGAUAUGGACACAAAUGAUGUUACACAUAUAUUAAAUGGUUGUGGACUUUUUGCCGAAAUUGGAAUAAGUAUUCUUAUUGAGAGAAGCCUUGUAACUGUUGAUGCUAAGGACAGGCUUGGAAUGCAUGAUUUGUUGAGAGAUAUGGGAAGAGAAAUUAUUCGUGAAGAAUCACCGGAGGUGUUUGAGGAGCGUUGCAGACUGUGGUUUCACGAGGAUGUGCUUGAUGUACUAUCAAAACAAACAGGAACAAAAUCAAUUAAGGGGUUGGCUUUGAAGUUGCCAAGAGCUAAUGCAAAAUGUCUUAGUACUAAAGCAUUUAAGGAGAUGACGACGAGGCUCAGAUUGCUUCAACUUGAUGGGGUAAAACUUGAUGGAGAUUUUGAAAUCCUUUCAAGAAAUCUAAGAUGGUUGUGUUGGAAUGGAUUUCCUUUAACACAUAUACCUACAGAUUUUUAUAGAGAAAGUUUAGUUUCCAUCGAGUUAGAAAAUAGCAAUGUCAAACGUGUGUGGAAGGAGGCCCAGAUGAUGGAGAAGCUGAAAAUUCUCAAUCAUAGUCAUUCUCAUUGUCUGACACACACCCCAGACUUUUCAUAUUUACCUAAUCUUGAAAAGCUAGUACUCAAAGAUUGUUCAAUGUUGUCUGAGGUUUCUACUAGCAUCGGACAUCUCAAUAAAAUUCUUCUGAUAAAUUUGGAAGAUUGCAUUAGCCUAUGUAGCCUCCCAAGAAGCAUCUAUAAGUUGAAAUCUUUGAAAACUCUCAUUCUUUCUGGUUGUAUAAUGAUUGACAAGUUGGAAGAGGACUUGGAACAAAUGGAAUCAUUAACAACUCUGCUUGCAAAUAACACUGCAAUAAAAAGAGUACCCUUUUCAGUAGUAAGGUCAAAAAGCAUUGGAUAUAUCUCUCUGUGCGGCCAUGAAGGAUUUUCAAGUGAUGUGUUUCCAUCUAUCAUCUGGUCUUGGAUGUCACCAACAAAUGAUCUCCCACCCCUAUUUCAAACAUCUAAUAUCAUGUCAUCUCUUGUUCCUCUAGAUGUACCACAUAGUAGUUCCCACGAACUAUCGUCGAUGUCCCAGUACCUUCCAAGUCUUCGAAGUCUUUGGAUGGAGUGCAGCUCAGAACUUCAACUUUCUCAUGAUGCAGCAAUAAUUUUGGAUGCCUUGUAUGCCACAAAUUAUAAGGAGUUGGAACAAACUGCAAGUACAUCACAAGUAUCAAUUAUGACUACUUCUACAUCACAAGUAUCAAAACAUUCCUCGAAGUCGCUAUUAAUUCAAAUUGGAAAGAAUUGCCAAGUCACUAAUAUUCUGAAAGGGAUUAUUUUACAGGUUUGA